ACACGAACAAAAGCAUUGAAAUGGCGACAACGAGCAAAAGAAAAGGCAUGUGUUGUAGCCAUGAUUUGUUCUACGCUUCCUAGUGAUCGAAUUUGGAAGAUCCCAAGAAAUCAGAAAUGGUGGGAAGAGUGUGUUCCUGCAAUGGAUGAAGUAAGUUGGCGUGAAAACUUUAGAGUUUCUAGAGAAACGUUUAAUUUCUUAUGUGCUGCAUUACCUGAAAUGAAAAGAAAUAAUACUCACUUGAGACGAUGUAUUUCUACAGAUAAAAGAGUAGCAAUUGCUCUAUAUACAUUGGCAUCGUCGUCUGAAUAUAGGACUAUUUCACAUUUGUUUGGUGUAGGAAAAUCCACCGUUUGUAAAAUUGUUAUAGACUUCUGCAAUGCAGUUAUAAAUAAUUUAAUGUCUACCGCUAUCCAGUUUCCACAGACUAGAAAUGAAAUUGACUUAAAAAUUCGUGAUUUUUACGAGAUUUGGAAUUUUCCACAAUGCUUUGGAUCAAUUGAUGGAACACACAUUCCUAUUUCACCACCAAAACAAGACUGCAUUGACUAUUACAACUAUAAAGGAUGGUAUUCUAUGGUCCUCCUUGCUGUUGCAGAUGCCAAAUAUAUGUUUACAUAUAUAAAUGUAGGAUCUCCUGGAAGGAAUAAUGAUGCACACAUUUUAAAAAAUUCUCACUCUCUUUUAACAUGCCUACAAAAUAUAAACUCCUUAGAAUUAGGGGAAAGAAUUGGUGGAGAAGUUGUGCCACCUUUAAUUAUUGGUGACUCUGCUUUUCCUUUACAGCCAACUUUAAUGAAACCAUUUCCAAGUAAAACAGAGGAUGAAAUAGAAAAAAUAUUCAAUUUUAGAUUAUCUAGAGCACGACGAGUAGUGGUAAAUGCCUUUGGAAGGUUAAAAGCAAGAUUUUGA